AUGAAGCAAAUUAUUUAUGUUACUGAAUCUUUACAUGAAAAUGAUUUUAAGAAAUCUUUAAAUAAAAGCUAACAUUUAUAAAACACUCAUUUAAAAAUAUUCUUUCAAAAAUUUUUACAUAGUAAAUAUGCUAAUAUAGCCUCAAUAGAACUAUUGAGUUUAAAGUAGAUUACUAAUUAUUAGAUUCACGCUGAAGGCUUCAGCGAUAUAGAAGAAUAAGAUGAAAUAAAAUUUGGAAAAUCAAUUCAAAGUUUGGAAAAUUUGAACCAUCUGUAGAUAGCUGCAGGAGACUAAAUUACAAGCAAUUUCAUAAUAGGAGUAUUAGAAGGUUUAAAAUAAUUACAUAAGCUAGAAUCUUUUAAUCUCUAUCUUUUAAAUAUUAAACAUUUUAAUAAUGAGAUUUACUCUGAUAUUUUAGGAUGUUUUAAAAAUAUACAGCAUUUAAAAUCACUCAGAUUUUUCUUAAGAAGGACAUCUAAUUGGACUCACUCUAUGCAGCUUGGAGAAGAAAUUCAAUAUCUAGAAUCGCUUCAAAAAUUGUACUUAAGUUUCCCAUAGAAUAAUUUAAAUAACUCAGCUCUAUACAGUCUUUCAAGUGGUAUUUCUAAACUAAAGAAUUUAGAAAGUCUUAAUAUAAAUUUGGAUGAAAAUGAAAUUUCUCCUGAUACUGUUUAUUAUUUUGGUAUUUGUUUACAACCUCUUAAUAAACUAAGCAAGCUUUAUUUAAGAUUCAAUAAAGCAAAAAUAGGAGAUUAUGGAUGUGAAGGGUUGGCAAAAGGAAUAUUUAACUUGAAAAUUUUGAAAAAAGUAAGAAUAAAAAUAGGCCCUAAAAAUAAUAUUUCUGAUAUAGGAGCAAGUCAUUUAGCCAAUUCAUUUAAAAGCUUAGAAAAUAUAACGAAAUUUGGCUUUUUUAUUCAUGGAAAUUAACAAGUUUAUAACAAAACUAUUGAAUUAUUAGCCGAUUCAUUAAAUAAAAUGUUCAUUGGAUUCAAAUAAAUAAAAAUAAUAUUUCUAAUAGUUCUUUAAGAGCUUUGA